AUGAAGUACCAAUUACUCGCUCUUGCGUCGGUGGUUGCCGCCGCCGACUUCUUCACCGAUUCGCCUGAAGAAGUGAAGAAGUCGUUGGCUACUGCUGCCGGCACGGCUACGGCCGUCGUCGCUCUUUACGGCGGCAACCUUGACUCGUAUAUCGCUGCGUACUCGAGAUUAUACGACGCCUACUCAGGGCUGAUCCCCGUGGUCCAAUCGGGUAGCUUCACUGGUAACUCCAUCCCCAACUCUAGAGCUACCGGUGCUGUUGCUGCUGCUGCUGGUAACGGUGGCAACGGUGGUUCCGGCGAACUGGGGUCGGGCGCUAACAGCGACGCGUCUAAAACUGAUGAUAACUCCAAUGACUCCUCCGCCACCGGGGGCGCUGGUGGUGCUGACGGUUCUGGUCUGGGAUCUGAAGGUGAUGUCACCCGUACCAAGACUGAAUCGGGUGCUGAUGCCUCGGGCUCGGGCCUGGGUUCCGAAGGCGAUGUGACGAGAACGAAGACGGAAUCGGGCGCCGACGCCACUGGCUCUGGCUCCGGCUCCGAAGGCGACGUCACUAGAACCAGAACUGUCUCUGGCGACUCCAGCGAGUCGGGCGCUGGCGCUGGUGGCGCCGGCGCCUCCGGGUCUGACUCCGAAGGCGAUGUGACUAGAACUAGAACCGUGUCGGGUGACCUGAGCGAGUCUGGUGCUGGCGCUGCGGGCUCUGGAUCUGGCUCUGAAGGUGAUGUCACCAGAACGAGAACUGUCUCUGGUGAAUCGGGCGACUCGAGCGCUGGCGGCGCCGGUGGCGCUGGUGCCACGGGUUCCGGCUCUGAAGGUGAUGUAACCAGAACUAGAACCGUUUCCGGCGAAUCUGAUGGCGCUAGAGAAUCAGGUGCUUCUGGCUCUGACUCAGAAGGUGACGUUACCAGAACUAAGACGGAGUCGGGUGACGCCAGUCUGUCCGGCGGCUCGGGCUCGGGUGGCCUGUCGUCGUCUUCGGGCGAAAGUACUGUUACCAGCACCAAGUCGGGCUCGAAUGCUGCUGGCUCGCUCGUUCUCUCGGGUGCCGCUGCUGGUAUCGCGGCGUGUGUGGGCUUGUUGUUGUAG